AUGAGUGAACAUAGAGAUGUUAUUGAGUACUUAAGUCAGAUCGGAUUAGUAUUCAAUCAAGUCAUAGCCCAUGGUAGCUAUGGUAUUGUCUUUCUUGUGUACUCCAUUCAAUACCAAUCAUAUUUUGCAGUUAAACAGGUACCAGAAAAAAUGUUCCAUGAACAAGAAGUUAGAUGCUUGAUGGAACUCGAUGAUAUUCGCAUUGUUUAUCUUUACAAAUACUUUAAAAUCGAUGAUUGCUAUUAUUUUGUCAUGGAAUACUGCCCUAAUGAUUUAGAACACUUUCUCAAUACAAAGAAAAUGAUCAGCGAAGAAGUGCAACGUAAUAUUAUGAAGGAAGUAUUACUCUCCGUCAAAGUUUGUCAUGAUAAUCAUAUCGCUCACAGAGACAUCAAGCCAAGUAACUUCCUAAUCGAUAAAUAUGGACGUAUACGACUUUCUGAUUUCGGCCUUUCUACCUUCCAGACUUACGAUGAAAAAUGUUCAGAAUAUGUCGGAACUCACUUUUUCAUGGCUCCAGAAAUAUACGCACAUAAAAAAGAUGGAAGCUCAUAUAAUCCAAUUCUCUCAGAUAUUUGGGCAAUUGGCGUUACACUUUAUUUUAUAGCCACACGUAGGUUUCCAUUUCAAUCAUACGACUUUAAUACCCUACAGGAGCAGAUCAUGUCCGCACAGUACGAUGAGAAACUCAUACCUGAUUUGAGAUUAAGGUUUAUAAUAUCUAAUUGUUUACAGGUUGAUCCUCUCAGGAGACCAUCCAUAAGUGAAAUCCUUCUAAUGCCGUAUUUCUCAAAGCUGCCUCAGUCAAGAAGUUGCAAGGUUCCAAAAGGCCAAGCAAUUUUCCAGCCAAGAACUAAGCAGUCUAUCGAUAAAUCCAAGAGAAAUUCCAUGUUUGUUUACCGUAAUUGCAUUGUUCGUUCUCAAUCAAACAAUGGAAAUCUAAAUAUGAUUGCGGCGGCAAACGUCGAUAUGGAGGAUUUAAUAUAG